AAAAUAAGGAGAAACUGAUAAUAAGGAUAAUUACAACAAAAUUAUGCAUAGGUCUUAAGUUAAUACUCGGUAUAUGAGAAGUUGAUUUUGGAGAUGAGUAUAGAUAUGAUAUACACGUACUACUUCAAUCGGAUCUGAUCUUGAAGCUAAUCGCAGUGCCAAUUCGAUCUCCAUCUACACAAUCCAUUAUAUUCCUUGGAUUCGUCGCACAAUAAAAUAUAAUGAGCUACUAUAAUCAGGGCCAACAACCACCACCUGUUGGGGUUCCUCCUCCUCAAGGUUAUUCCCAGCAAGAUGCUGCUUACAACAAAGAUGCAACACCUGGCUACCCACCCCCACAAGGGUACCCACAGCAAGGGUAUCCCCCACAAGGGUACCCUCCCCAAGUGUACCCUCCUCAGGGGUACCCUCCCCAAGGGUACGCACCACAGUAUGUUCCACAGUACGCUGCUCCGCCUCCACCUCCACCACAGCAACAAGCCAACAACUCUGGUUGUUUGGAAGGAUGUUUGGCUGCACUCUGUUGUUGCUGCCUCUUAGAUGCCUGUUUCUGAGUUUUGAAGAAGAACAAGAGAUAGAUAAGGAGGAGCAGAGCUAAUUUAGAGCUGGAUGUAGAGAGGCCUGCAUGCCCUGCUUUAUUAGUUUGUUAGUUGAUGAUUAUGGCAUGGCCAAUUGGUCAAUAGCUUUCUUAUGUUUGUUUAGUGAUUCAUUUAAAUAAUUGGUAGUUGGUACGCAUCCAGUGGUUUACUGCCUCAUUACUGUAAGUCUUAACAUAUUUUUUUUGGUUCUGAUUUUUCAUUGAUGCUGCAUAAUGCAUGUCAUUAGUGAAAUUGUGAAACCUAGUAAGUGGCAAGUAUAAAUGGGGUAAGUCACCCUUAAGAUUUAAGC